AUGAAGAUGACGAUUGAAGCUCUUCUCCUCAUUGUUGCUGCUCUCCAGGAUCACAGAGUUGCUGCAGAUGGAUAUCCACUGGAUAUGGCACUGAAUUCAGUUGAUGAUCAGUAUGAGGGAUGCACAGAGAAAAUGGCAGAUCUGGUGAAAGCUAAAUAUCUUGAGAAAGAAACGUCUUGGAUAAACGUUGCAAACUACAAUUACAAGACACCAGAAGAUAACUUGACCCAGAAUCAUUCAGCUGCCAUCUAUACGUACACUAACUCAGAUGUUAAAGUGCAUCGUAACUUCAAUAGGGAUGUGCUUAGUGGUAAAGAGAAAUACAAAACUGACGUAUUCUUAUGGUAUUCACUUCACUUUCUGUUAACUGAAGCCAUUCAGAUACUAAAGAAAACACAAAAUGGAUGCUUUGCAACCUACCGUGGGACAAAUCUUCACUUUGACAGGAACGUCCUGAACAAAAAGAUUCGUCUUGGCUUUUUUGCGUCCUCGACUUUUGAUCGCAACAAAGCAGAAAGUUUUGGGAAUGUGUCUUGUUUUGAGAUCCACACUUGCGAAGGGGCUGAUAUUUCCAAAUAUUCGAAGUUUGCUCUUGAGGAAGAGGUGCUGAUCCCUCCGUAUGAGACUUUCAGAGUCUCUGCUGUCAAAACUAGGACAAUUGAAGACAAUCUCUGGUGUGAAAAUGUGUAUAUGCUGGAAAGCACUGGAAAAAAUAGUGCCCUGAACUGCGCGUUGGUAAACAGGGGAGAUGAUAAAUUACUUUAG